AUGUUAAGGAAGGGUCGGAUACCAGUAACAGAGGUAAAUCCACAUCUGCUAUGUGUUUUAUGUGGUGGAUAUUUUGUGGAUGCCACAACUAUAAUAGAAUGUCUACAUUCCUACUGCCGGACCUGUAUUGUAAGAUAUCUUGAAACCAGUAAGAUGUGUCCCCUCUGCGAUGUCCUGGUCCACAAAACAAAACCAUUGGAAAAUCUCAGAGCUGAUAAAACCUUACAAGAUUUGGUAUAUAAACUUGUACCGGGGUUAUUUGAAUCUGAGAUGGCCAACAGGAGAAAGUUUUAUGGCGAACAUCCUGAAGAAUGUGAAGACGCUACUUUAGAAGAUCGAGGUGAAGCGUGUAUGGAAAAAUCCGAGGAGGUUGAAGAAGAACAAAUCAGUUUGGUUCUGGAACUUAGUGCUAACGAUAAAAGAUAUUUAUUAUGUCCUAGUGGUGUAACUGUUGGUCACCUUAAAAAAUUUAUUACUGUCAAAUUUUCAGUGCCUUCAAAAUUCAAGAUUCAGUUUUAUCAUAGUCGUGUAGAAUUAUCAAAUAAUUUAUCACUACAUGAUAUCGCUAAUCUCUACACUUGGAGACGGGUGAGUUAUCAUAUCAGGGCUAAUAUACGGGGUGAGCCUGGGGUCCAAGCCUAA